AUGCUUAGGGAAAAGCUUACUUUCCAUUAUAAUUCUAAAAAGACAAGAGAGGAAACUAGUAAGUCUCGAAUAAAACUUUCUAGUAGAGACGGGUAUUUGGAAGAAAACAUAAUAGAUGAAGAUAAGUUAACUGAAUGGUAUCCAGAUUCUAUCUCCAUUAUAAAAAACCCAAGACAUAGUUUUCAAAAUAAAAAUUCAAUAAGUUAUCGAUCAACAAGUGAAGAUGAGGAGGCAGAAGAUGAUAUAAAUGAUAACGAUUCCACUACAGGUCUACUUUAUAACACAAAAACACAAAGAAAACUUUUGAACAGGCAUGUUCAAUUCAUUGCAAUAUCUGGUGUUAUUGGUACUGCAUUAUUCGUAGCCAUUGGUAAAGGUCUUUAUUAUGGUGGUGCAGGGUUCCUACUAAUCGCGUUUGCCACAUGGUGUAUACCAAUUCUUUGUAUCACUGUCUCUACUGCAGAAAUGGUGUGCUUUUUACCCAUUAGCUCCCCCUUUUUAAGGUUAGCUAACAAAUGUGUUGACGAAUCCUUGGCUGUAAUGGCAAGUUGGAAUUUUUGGUUUUUAGAAUGUGUUCAAAUCCCAUAUGAAAUCGUCUCCGUUAAUACCAUUAUUCAUUAUUGGAGAGAUGAUUAUUCUCCUGCUAUCCCACUGGUUGUUCAAGUGAUCCUAUAUCUCCUUAUCUCCUUCUGUGCUGUCAAAUAUUAUGGUGAAUUGGAAUUUUGGUUAGCAUCCUUUAAAAUCAUUUUAGCUAUUGGUCUGUUUUUUUUCACUUUCAUUACAAUGGUAGGUGGAAACCCUAAACAUGAUGUCUAUGGGUUUAGAUAUUUUCGUCAUCAUUCCUUCAAACAAUAUUUCCCUGAUGGGAAUACAUCUCCAGGUCCCAAUCUUGGUUAUUUCCAAGGUUUUUUGGUAUGUUUAAUCAGAGCUGCUGCCACUGUUGCAGGAGGUGAAUAUAUUUCAAUGUUGGCUGGUGAAGUUAAAUUGCCAAGAAAAGUAUUACCAAGAGCAUUCAAACAAGUCUUUAUAAGAUUGACUAUCCUUUUCUUGGGUGGUUGUUUAUGUGUAGGUAUUGUUUGUUCUUCAAAUGACCCUGCUUUAACUGCAGCCAUCAACGAAUCAAGACCAGGUGCUGCUUCAUCUCCUUAUGUUAUUGCAAUGAAUAAUUUGGGGAUUAAAGUGUUGCCAGACAUUGUAAAUAUCGCUUUAAUCACAGCUGCUUUUUCUGCUGGUAAUGCAUACACUUAUUGUUCCUCAAGAACUUUAUAUGGUAUGGCUUUAGAUGGAUACGCCCCCAAAAUCUUUAAAAGAUGUAAUAAACAAGGUGUUCCAAUAUAUUCUGUCGGUAUAUCGUUGUGUUGGGCACUGAUAAGUUUACUUCAAUUAAACGCCAACAGUGCAGUCGUUUUAAAUUGGUUGAUUAAUAUCAUUACAUCAUCCCAAUUAAUCAAUUUCGUUUGUCUUUGUAUCAUCUAUUUGUUCUUUAGACGUGCAUACCUAACACAAAGAGAUAAUUUACCUGAAUUACCGUUCAAAUCAUGGGGACAACCCUAUACUGCAAUAUUCGGCCUUAUCUGUUCCGUCUUAAUGAUUAUGCUUCAGGGCUACUAUGUGUUUUUUCCAAAAUUGUGGGAUGUUCAAGAUUUCUUAUUCUAUUAUUUGAUGGUCUUUGUCAAUAUAGGUAUUUAUCUUUUCUAUAAAUUUAUCUGGACUCGUGGUAAAGAUAAAUUCAAAAAUCCAAAAGAAAUCGAUUUCGAAGUGGAUAUUCGAGAGAUUGAAGAACACGAGAUAAAUCAUUCCUUUGAAAAAUAUAAAUUUUAUACCGAUUAA